CAGACUGUUGCCCCUCCCCUGGGCCAAACGCUAGGCGGGAACCAACACGGUGAGGCGCGCGGCAGGCUCUGCGGCGCUUUUGGGCCAGGUGCUUCCGGCUCCCACCGGACGGAGGCGGGCCUGGCUGUGGACUCGCUCUCCCACGGAAGUGUGCUUUAGCGCACCGGAAGCCACCUCGGGGUGAGCCAUGGCGGGUUUGCCUGUUAGAGACCCUGCGGUGGAUCGUUCUCUACGUUCUGUAUUCGUGGGAAACAUUCCUUAUGAAGCUACGGAAGAACAACUGAAGGACAUCUUCUCUGAAGUUGGGCCUGUUGUCAGUUUCAGAUUGGUAUAUGAUAGGGAGACAGGAAAACCAAAGGGCUAUGGCUUCUGCGAAUACCAAGACCAAGAGACAGCACUUAGUGCCAUGCGGAACUUGAAUGGGCGUGAAUUCAGUGGGAGAGCUCUUCGAGUGGAUAAUGCUGCCAGUGAAAAGAACAAAGAGGAACUGAAGAGCCUUGGCACUGGUGCACCUGUCAUAGAGUCACCUUAUGGAGAAAGCAUCAGCCCUGAGGAUGCCCCUGAAUCCAUUAGCAAAGCAGUUGCCAGUCUUCCACCGGAACAGAUGUUUGAGCUAAUGAAACAAAUGAAGCUCUGUGUCCAGAAUAGUCCCCAGGAAGCACGAAACAUGUUGCUUCAGAAUCCACAGCUGGCUUAUGCUUUGCUGCAAGCACAGGUAGUGAUGAGAAUUGUGGAUCCUGAGAUUGCCCUGAAAAUUCUGCAUCGCCAGACAAAUAUCCCAACGCUGAUUUCAGGCAACCCUCAGCCAGUUCAUGUUGCCGGGCCUGGCUCAGGACCCAAUGUUUCAAUGAACCAGCAGAAUCCUCAGGCCCCUCAGGCUCAAUCUUUGGGUGGAAUGCAUGUCAAUGGCGCACCUCCUAUGAUGCAAGCUUCUAUGCCAGGUGGAGUUCCAGCCCCAGUGCAGAUGGCAGCUGCUGUUGCAGGGCCUGGCCCUGGUUCCUUAGCCCCUGCAGGAGUCAUGCAAGCCCAAGUUGGAAUGCAAGGAGCUGGACCAGUGCCCAUGGAACGAGGACAAGGAACCUUACAGCACUCGCCCGUGGGACCCGCCGGGCCUGCAUCAAUUGAGCGAGUUCAAGGGCAGAGAACAUGGAUGAUAUGGGCAUCUGUCCGAGGCUCUACUCCCUCCCUACUGGUGUCAGGAGGCUUGGAUGGAAUUGCAGUCUGUAAGGAGACAGCAGUGCCAAUGCAAGACCCCAGAGCAGCUAUGCAGAGGGGAGCCUUGCCUACCAACGUCCCAACUCCUCGUGGUCUUUUAGGUGAUGCUCCCAAUGACCCGCGGGGAGGCACUUUAAUGACUGUAACUGGAGAAGUAGAACCUAGAGCUUACCUGGGACCACCACCACCUCCUCAUCAGGGCCCACCCAUGCACCAUGUUCCUGGCCAUGAAGGUCGUGGACCGCCUCCGCAUGACAUGAGGGGAGGACCCUUAGCUGAGCCCAGGCCUUUAAUGGCAGAGCCAAGAGGACCCAUGCUAGAUCAGAGGGGUCCACCUUUGGAUGCCAGAGGUGGAAGAGAUCCCCGAGGAUUAGACGCUCGGGGGAUGGAGGCUAGAGCCAUGGAAGCAAGAGGACUGGAUGCCAGGGGACUGGAAGCUCGUGCCAUGGAAGCUCGUGCCAUGGAAGCCCGCGCCUUGGAGGCCCGCGCCUUGGAGGCCCGCGCCAUGGAGGCUCGUGCCAUGGAGGCCAGAGGCAUGGAUACCAGAGGCCCAGUACCUGGACCUAGAGGACCUAUGCCUAGUGGAAUCCAAGGUCCCAAUCCAAUGAACAUGGGGGCAGUUGUUCCCCAGGGAUCCAGACAGGUCCCAGUCAUGCAGGGAGCAAGCAUGCAAGGUGGAAGCCAGCCUGGUGGCUUUAGUCCUGGACAGAGCCAAGUCACACCCCAGGAUCAUGAGAAGGCUGCUUUGAUUAUGCAGGUCCUUCAGCUCACGGCAGACCAGAUUGCCAUGCUGCCUCCUGAGCAAAGACAGAGUAUCCUUAUCUUAAAGGAACAGAUACAGAAAUCCACUGGGGCACCUUGAAAGGUUCUCAAAAGUACCUGGCAACAAAUCUGGAAAUGUAAUUCCAUAACAUUGUUGAAAUCUUGAAAACCUAGUCACUCCUGCAUCUUAACCUCCCCAGAUGAGGCUGAUUCGUGCCAGGUGGAGGUCUUGCAUCACCAUUUCUCCAAAGGAAAACAGUUCAUUCUGUUGUCGUAGUGUGUAUAUUUUCUGUGACAUUAAAUAAACUUUGAACACAAGUUUAACAUACUACAAAUUGAUAUACAUAAUCCUUUUGCUUUUAAGAAGCUAACAGCAAGGAUAUCAGCUAAACUGUGAUUUCUAAUGUACUGCAGCCUCAUUCUUUAAUCUUAUAUUGCCAUAGCUGUAUUCUUACUUUAGCAUAAGCAUUUAUUCUUCUUAAUGAUACUUGAGAAUUUCUCAGAAACAAUGUUUUCGGGAACUUUGGUUUUUGUUGACUUUGCUUUCAGUAAAGUAAAAACACUUUACCCCUUGAAAACUCUCUAGAACCUCAGAGUUUUCUAGAAGAAAAAAAGCACAUGGUUAGAACUAAAAUUGACCAGAAGGCCAACAAGUAAGGUGCGCACCACAUCAGUGUGUUUGGUUCAAGAACUGCCAAUUAUCAAAAUGGGUUGUUUGCUCAGUAGCAGGUCUGAACAUGCAGAAGACAAAAACUGCUUUGGCACUGGUUUGAAUGUGUAUCAGCAACCUAAAAGAUUGUUGUAAAGCUCCUCUGUCUAGUUAGCCAACUUUACAAGUUUAAAAAAGCCACUGUUUUUCCACAUGCUCAAAUUUAAUAAAACCAAGUGAACAAAAUAUAUUCCAAUCUUUCAGAAAAUCACAAAGCUUUCAGCUUAAUGAAAAUUCUUAAUGAAAUCCAUUCCAAGAACUUCAAACAGAAAACCCUAAAACGUUUACAUUUUCAAGUCUUUAAAGAGGACCAAGUAGAGAGAGCACAGGACUGCAAAUUAUCCACUGUGGUGGUCUGCUUCUUUCGAAGUACUUGGUAGGUGAUGAGUGCCAUUAGCCUGUGUAACCCUGCUGCUUGCCUUGCCUUCUCCACAGUGGCAUUAAGGAGGAAUGGUUUCUCUCCACCAGUUCGACCUCAAGACAUUUGAAGAGUUGCCUUAAUGAUAAGUAAAGUUUACUAGCGCUAAUUGUGAGCUUCUUUGUAUUCGCAGAACCCUACCCUCGCUGCAUUAGGAUUAUGGGCAGGUGAAUUAAGUCACUACUUAAGGCAUAUAAAGCAUAAUUGUGCAUUGCUUAACAUGCCAAGAAAAAGAAAGUAAAGAUAUUAAAAUUGAAGGAUUUUUUCUCCAUAAAUUUAUAAUGAAAAUUUGCUGAAUAUGUCAUACCUGUCAAGAAAAGUGCAAAACAGCAAGCACUCCUGCCUAUUUCCCUCAUCCCCAGUUCGAUCAUAAUGUUAAUUAUGCAUGCACUUCAUUGUUUUCAUUACCUUCUGUGCCUCCUGCAGAAGCAGUCCUUGAUGUGUUGAUUUUGGCAGCUGCCUUGACUUAAAAGCAUCAAUGUAUUUAGAUGCAGAGACCAAGAGGAAAGUAUUUCUAGUUAGGAACCUGGGUUUUACACAACCAAUUCUAAAUCAAGAUAACUGAAGCUGAAGCUAUUUGGGAAACAGUUGUCUAAUAGAAACUGUAUCCUGAAAAUCCAGCACAGUUUCCCAAAGCCUCAUUAAACUGGAUGGUAGACAUUCAGGUGAAUAAGUUGACAAGAGCAGCGGCAUCCCAAUUCAUUACUAUGGAAACAACUUGUCAGUGGUUUGUUUGUUUGUUUGUUUGUUUGCUAUAAUUUUUUACUGUUGUAAUAAUACAAUUAGCUACCCCAUGUUCAUAAUCUGCCUUUAUUAUGUUCAGACUAAUGACUGAAAAAUGAUCCCACUAAUCCUUCAAGCUAUAGGUUCCUAUAUAAUUGAAAACAGAAAUUUGUUCACUCUUCAUUAAUGGUACAAAUUAGACGGUCUAGUGCUAAGUCUAUAGAUUCAUUCUGCUAAAUGUAUGAGGUCAACUGCCUGAGUACAAUGAAGUGUGGGGGUGUUUUUCCUCCCUUGAGGAACCUGCACCUUGUAAUUCACCAUAACAUCCCAGAGUCAGUGUGGUUAUUGUCCUGGUUGAUAGGGAAAAUAAACAUUUUGUAGGAAAAAGAAUGACUUUUAGUGGAUGGUUCCUCAUUGAGUAAGACCUGGAAAAUAGCCAAAAGUAUAACUUUAUUUUCUCUGUAUAAUACAUUCAUAAACAAACUCCAUUCCCACCACCAACAAAAACCAUAAAAGAUCUUCUGUUAAAUUACCCUGUGAUGUAGAUCAGGCCUUUCCAAUUAUUUCAAACAAUACAAAGUGACAAUAUAGUUGGCUUCUAACUAUAGUGCAAAUUUGAUUACAGUUAAUAUACUUAAGAUAUUACUAGGAAAAGUCAGCAAAAUUGUUCAAUAAGCAAAGAGGAAAAUCUUUCAAUUAUUUUGACAAAGUAACAUGUCAAUUGUUGGUCACACUGGGUUAGCUCAUGUGUAACAGUGUGCUUAGUGGGUGAUGUGGGAGUGGGAAGCUUGGUUAUUUUAUGUUGUUUAUUUAUGAUUAUUGUUUUGUCGUGGAUUCAAUAAAUAUUUUAAAAGUCA